GGUCCUCCUCCUGCUCCGGUGAUACAGCUCCGCCAAGCUGGGGGAGAGGAGAAGAAAACGCAGGAGCGCAACGAUGGAGCAUUUCUAAGAGAAAGCAGCGGACUCCGCUGACGAAGAUCACUGAACAGAGUCAUCUGCAUGACCAAAGAAACCAGAGCGGCAACAAGAAACGCAAACGUAACAAUCAUGCAAUUUAAAUACAGACGAAUUUGAGCAGCCGCUUCUUCUUCAAGGUUACACCGCUUGAAGACUCCCCCAACAUCCUCUUGUCGCAGAUCAGCUGGCCCACGUUAGUUGAUCGUCACCGGUACCGAUCAUGCCCGUGGAAGAGCAGGGCUACCCCGACGCUAUGCUGCUGAUGGAAGCCGGGCCGGAGUUGCUGCGGGCCGAGAUCGAGCGUCUCGGCAGGGAGCUGAGUGAGACCACGAACGAAAAGAUCCAGGCGGCGGAGUACGGGCUGGCGGUGCUGGAGGAGAAGCAGCAGCUCAAACAGCAGUACGAUGACCUGGAGAUCGAGUACGAGGCCAUCCGACAGGAGCUAGACCAGCUGAAAGAGGCCUUCGGACAAGCUUACUCCAACCACAGGAAGGUAGCAGCAGAUGGGGAGAGCCGUGAGGAGUCUCUGAUCCAGGAGUCGGCCUGUAAGGAGGCCUACUAUGAGCAGAGGGUCCUGGAGCUGCAGACCGAGCUCCGGCAGGCGCGCAACAUCCUCACCAACACCCAGUCGGAGAAUGAACGCCUUAACACCAUCUCCCAAGAGAUGAGAGAGAACAGCCAGAUGGUGGAGCUCCAGAGGAAUCAGCUGCGUGAUGACAUCAAGGAAUACAAGUUCAGGGAAACCCGUCUGCUGCAGGACUACACUGAGCUGGAGGAGGAGAACAUCUCUUUGCAGAAGCAAGUUUCUGUGCUGAAACAGAGUCAGGUGGAAUUUGAGGGUUUGAAGCAUGAGAUCCGUCGCCUAGAGGAGGACACUCAGUUCCUCAACAGCCAAUUGGAGGACGCCAUCCGCCUGAAAGAGAUAGCUGAACGCCAGCUAGGCGAGGCUCUGGAGACCAUCAAGACGGAGCGUGAGCUGAAAGCUUCCCUGAGAAAAGAGCUCUCCCACUACAUGAACAUCGGCGACACGCUGUACCACAGCCCUCUUAGCAUUUCCCUGGAUGGUCUCAAGUUCAGUGACGAUGCUGCCACCGAGCCUAACAACGACGAGGCUCUUAAUGGAUAUGAGAAUGGCUUCAUCAAACUGGCCAAUGCUCUCGCCGAUGACAACCGCAUCUCCAUGCCCAACAAGGAGGAGCUGUUCCGUCCCGUGCCCAGCCUCGUUGACGACCUGCUAAGCGAACUUAACAUCUCAGAAAUCCAGAAACUCAAACAGCAGCUGAUGCAGAUGGAACGUGAGAAGGUCAACCUGCUGUCCAACCUGCAGGACUCUCAGAAACAGCUAGAGCAGGCUAACGGUGCACUUUCAGAACAUCAGGAGAAGGUCAACCGUCUCACAGAGAACCUGAAUGCAAUCCGCAAGCUUCAAGCCAGCAAGGAGCGCCAGUCUGCCUUGGACAACGAGAAAGAACGUGAUAGCCAUGAAGAUGGAGACUACUACGAGGUGGACAUCAAUGGACCUGAGAUCCUGGAAUGCAAGUACAAGGUUGCUGUGUCUGAGGCCGGAGAGCUGAAGGAAGAACUGAAGACUCUGAAAGCAGAAUACCAGGCCUGUCAGUCACGUUACGAUGAGGAGCGCACCCGUCUGGAGAACGACGUCACAACCCUGGGAGAGAAACUGGCAACUCUGGAGAAGACGAGCAACGUAGAGAAAGAACAGAAGGCCAAGCUAGAAAAGGAGCUGCGCAAGUUGAGUGAUGUGGCUGGCGAGUCCCAAGGCAGUCUGAGCGUGGCACAGGAUGAGCUGGUCACCUUCAGUGAAGAACUGGCCACCCUCUAUAACCAUGUCUGCAUGUGCAACAACGAGACUCCCAACCGUGUCAUGCUUGACUUCUACAAAGAGGGUAAGGGUGGUCGGAGCAGCCCAGAGGGCCGUGGUCGCCGCUCUCCCAUCCUGCUCACCAAGGGUCUCUUCCCUGAGCCUGGUAAGGCGGACCUCAGCGAUGGAGUCCCCUCACCAGUCUCCUCCCUUCCAUCCCCCGUGUCUGAUCACCGUCGCGAGCCCAUGAACAUCUACAACCUGGUCGCAAUCAUUAGAGACCAGAUCAAGCACCUGCAGCUGGCUGUGGACCGCACCACUGAGUUGUCACGCCAGAGAGUUGCCUCCCUAGAGCUCGGCACUGUGGCUGACAAGGACAAGGAGGCUUGCAUGGAGGAGAUCCUCAAACUGAAAUCCCUGCUCAGCACCAAACGCGAACAGAUUGCCACUCUGCGGACCGUCCUCAAGGCCAAUAAACAGACAGCUGAAGUUGCUCUGGCCAAUCUGAAGAGCAAGUAUGAGAAUGAAAAGGCAAUGGUGACCGAGACCAUGAUGAAACUGAGGAACGAGCUCAAAGCUCUGAAAGAGGACGCUGCCACCUUUUCCUCUCUCCGAGCUAUGUUUGCCACGCGUUGCGAUGAGUAUGUUACCCAGCUGGAUGAAAUGCAGAGGCAGCUGGCCGCCGCAGAGGAUGAAAAGAAGACCCUCAACUCUCUGCUGCGCAUGGCCAUCCAGCAGAAGCUGGCCCUGACACAGCGCCUGGAAGACCUGGAGUUCGACCACGAGCAGACCCGGCGUGGAGGCACCGCUGGCCGCGCUAAGGCGCGCAGCAAGGUCGCCGGCAGCACCACCAGCAACUCCCACGUAAGUCAGAGUCUCACCUGCUCUGGCUCCGGCCGACCAGAGCUCAACACUUCUGUGCCCAGCGGCAUUCUGGGAGGCCCCGUGGUCUUCUGCAGCGAGAAGUACAAGAUCUACUGCGACUGAGGCGUCCGAAACGUCCGCAUGGGACUGCUGUGUACAGAGGGGAGGGGGGGGCUCACGGGCCAAACCCUCCCUGCCUUAGUGUUAAAGAGCCCCACUCGCUCGCUUAGCUCCCUGGCCGGCCUGCGCUCAUCUAGGGACUGCUGUGUGACUAACCGGCUGCUCGUGUGUGCUAGUGUAAACGCUUAGGGGAAUGCAGAUGUAUGUACAGUGUGCACUAGACGUUUGGACUGUAGUAGACAUAUAUGGCAUGUGGAUUAUAGGGCCCUGGUUAUAUUGGGGGUUUUGUGGGUAUUCUGGAGUGUCUAUUCUUUCCUCUGUCAUGGUGCUGUACAUAUGAUGUAAAAGGUGGCAGCUUCUGUGCUUGUAUGUUCUAGCCACCCCCUGAGUAGCUUGCCUGGUAACAUUAACACAUUGUCGAGGUGGAGACGUAUAAAGAUGAUGUCGCUCUGUUAGUCCUCGGGCUAAAUAUGACGUCCUCUGUUCUUUGGCUUGUCUGUCGGCAUCGGUGCUCCUUUGAAAUAAAAGCCCCCCCCCCUCUCUCCCUCGCUUCUCUGUCCUGAUUCCCCAGGACUGACCUGUGCCCAGCAGCCCACUUUCUAAUCACUCUCUAAUGUUUACAACAUGGAAACGCAACUAAAAUAUGCAAGCUGCCUCUGCUUUAUUGCUAGGGGAGCAUAAUAUGAUCCUACGCAGAAAUUCAAAACCAAGUGGGUUGAUGGAUUUAUGAUGGGAUUGUUCCGGGCAGAAAAGGAGCACCUGUGACCGCAGGUGUUUAUUUCAGGAUCAUUUUAAAGCUGUGACGCUAGCGCACCAAUACAGUAGGGUCAGUAGAAUCGCAUGGCUUCUGCAGCUGAAAACGCUUUUAAGCUUUUUAGCCGUUUUUCUUUCGUUGUUGUCGUCGGGUGCGUGGUGCAAGACAACAAACUCAUGUACUACAGGGCUCUACAUUGAAAAACAAGGGUUAAUUGGUGUCUGGUGAAAUACGGGAGGGCUGUGUAUUUCAGUGCGAUCCAUGACGUUGCGAUGGAUACUUUCAGAGCCAUAUUACAGGAAGGAAAGAAAGUUUUGACAAAUCGAUCUCCACAUCUAAAUUAAGUGCACUUCAGCACAGGUGCCUCAGGUUCCUACUUCUGUUAAAAUGGAUAUAACUAUUACUGUGAACAGAGAUACAAUAUAGUUUUUUUUCUUAAAAAAACAAACAAACACGGAGCAAAUCCUAAGAGCACAAAUCAAACAGGUACUCGCAUCUGGAUAAUAAAUCUACAAAACCGACCACUCGGCAAAAGUGCCUGUCGACCCAAACACUUGAUAUAUUUAUCUAUCUGUUGAUGUAAAGCCCUGUCCUCGUGUCUCAGCGUGAGCUAACACUGUUGUUUUCCUUGUCAUUUCCCCAUCCUCUGCCUCCCCGCUCUGUUUCGGGUGAGAAUAUUUUCUGCGUGGUUAUGUGGCUGAAAACCCUUCCCUCAUGUCUCUAAUCUGCGUCUUGCUGCUCGGUCACUAGAGCGACCUCCUCUCCCGUCGACCGUCAGCGGCUUGCUCCCCCAGCGUCACCACUCACCCUUUAACUAGAAUGAGGAAUUGUGUGGGAAAAAAGUGGCCCUAUAUUGCCCUAUAUUUUUGUCAGGUAACGUCCUCACACGCGUUUCGAUUUUUGCUUGUGUGUAUAUCUCAGUAUUGAUGUGGAGGGGCCCUCGCGUGUGUUUGUGACCACUGCAAAUGGAGGGCCUCGCGUUUCUUUGUUUCUCGGACGUGUGGUGUGUGAGGACACAGCGGCGUACUCUUUUUUUGUAUUGACAAUAGCUUUAACCCUUCGCAAGCUACUAUUACGCAAAUAGGAAAAAAUAUAAGUGGGGCUUGUGUUUAAUAAAUCCAUGUACUGCUUGUGGAUCAUAGACACAUUAGCUUUAUGAUGCUAAAAGCAGGGUUGAUGUGAGGAGAUCCUGCAAGAUUUAUGAAAUUUUUCCCAUUUUAUACUACGACUAAGCUAUAUAUUGAACUCUAUAUUCUUAAUGAGAUCAUCUUCAGGUUAUAAUCUUGCAGGAUCCUACUACAGUAUUCCUUCCUCUUGAACACAAAUGAGCAUUUAUUCCUUUUAAAAUGGAGCGGUGUCAGCAGUCAACCCUGCUUGCGUGUGCAUCCGUAAGCCGCCACACAUGGCAUGGAGACAAGGCUAUUACACAUUAAGGAAAAAAAUAACAGCCUCCCGAGAGGUCAGUCACUCUUGUGUUUGAGAUUCACGUACAAGUGCGAUCUGUUCUGUUUCUAUCGGUUUGCGCUGACAGAGAAAAGGUUCGGGGAGUAGAGGAAAGAAAACUACUCGUGUUAUGAACCAGCUCCUGAGGGAGGAGAUAAGAGAGCUAGACAUGCUGGUGAAGGAAUCCACAUGUCUGAUCCUUCUGAUACUGUGGAGAAAUGAGUCCAGAAGUUUCCUGAGGGAGAAACUUUUGGUGAUGUGUGUGGGGGGAAAACAAAUGCAAAGCGGUUGCUGAGUCAACCAGACGACAUUGAUUCAAAUUAGCUGAGCGCCUAGCCCUUGUAUAUGCUCUGUGGAUUCACCGAGCCGUAGAUAGACCGUGAUUAGAAUCCGCUCUCCUUAGAUGAAUGAACGUCGCUCCUUCUAGUUUGAAAACAAUGUCUUUACAAUAUGCCACCUAAAAAAAAAAAAAAACUCCUCCUACCUCUGCUUGCAGGCUCCUCCCACUUCACCUCUAAGUUUGACUUCACAUGAUGCAUCUUAUUUCUGAUUUGUACUAAGCCUGCAUGUCAAGAACAUAACCCAUUACUCAUUAACUCGCAUGGCACAAGAGAAAGACCCAUCUCCUUUGACGUGGGGGGGUGGGAUGUGGCUUCAGCUCUGUCCUAUGAAUGAAAAGGUCCAGGUACUCGAGAGUCAUUGGCUUCCUAACAGCGCUCUUAUUUGCGGUGAGUGUGCUUUUUACGCCGGCCCCUCAGAAUCAUAUCAGCGGUGUUGAUAUGAAAAGCUGAAGGUUUAACAUUAGUUGGCUUGGAGCUCCUAACACUACCUUCUUCUGUUGCUUCGACUAACUACAUCUGCCACCCACUCUCGUCUGUGUGGACUCAGCCGCUGACCUCACUCUAAAAUGACCAAAUAAUGCUUCUGAUGCUGAUGGUUUGUUUUUUUUUGUUUUUUUUGUUUGUUUCUCCAUUUUGCAGUAAUUACGGUAAAUCUGCGCCGGCGACGAGGUACCGACACAAGGUCCAUUGACGCAGCUGAUUGAGUUUUGGCGACAAAAAAAAAAAAAAAAAGGAGUUAACACUGUAGGCCAUUUGGAAGACAAAAAAAAGAAAGUACAAAAUCAGAGCACAGAUUUUUAAGUCCUUCCUUUUGCUUUUAAACACUAAAAUGUGAUGCACAUUAAGAUGACGCUUGGCCUAAUUUUUCACAUGCCGCUGCUGAAAGCCAAUUUCUCACAGGUCCCAUGAACUUGACAUUCAGAACCAGAGAUUUUGAUUGGCUAAUCAAACCCUCCAAUGAGAAGCCAAGGGACAUAUGGUUGUUUCUCAGUCUUUCUCAUAUUUUUUUGUUUAUUUGAGUUUCUUUUUGUUUUAAUCUGUGCACUUUCAUUAUAUAGGAUUAUAACAUACUAUUAUUAACCUCUAGGAAAGCAUGGUAGUACUAUGGUUUGUGAGUUACCCAGUGUAGGUAAUAAAAAAUACCAUCAUACGUCCUCCUGAAUUUAAAUAAGAUGCUAUUUACUCUACUAAAGGCUCCACAAACCACACAUGUGCUAUUAUGACUCUGUCCUCAAGAUUUUAUCCAUCAAAUAAUCAUUUUUAAAUUGUUUUAUUACAUCGUAUGUUAUGCUGUAUGUUUUCUGUUAUGUUUGUUCUACUGCCAUGUUCUAUACAAAAAUCCAGGGUGAUCAAAUUCUGGGGUUUUUUCGUGUAUUUAUUAUUCCUAGGAAUAGUUCAAAAUGGCGCAAUGAAACUUGACAACGCCCUGACUCAAGUAGGUAAGUUGCAUUUUGGGAAAUAUUUGGAGUGACAUGACAUGCUUUUCCUAGCUUCUUACCGAGGGCGUUCCACUGAAACGGGAUCACUGGCUUCCAGAAUUCUCUGCAAGUGCACCAAUUAAAUUCCAAAUUGGAAUUGUUUCAUUCUCUCUUCGUUUAUCGUGCCAAAUCUUGGUACACCGUUUGGGCUGAAAAGAAUCGAGACUCGGAAAGAAGACAAGCCGUCAGUGAGAAAGGCGUAGUUGGGCCAUGGCGCUCCACUGCGAGCGCCGGGGUUUUGUUUUUUGAUUUGUUUAGUUCUUCGUUUCUGACCAGUAGUGCCUUUCAUUGUUUCAAGGGAGAAUAUUAGAUUAGGGUUUUACGUUUCUUCUUUUUUUUUUAUAGGUGAGGAGUUUGGGUUAAAAAUGACUGUGAGCAGCAAUAAGCGCAAAGGGAAUUUGCCCCCUUUCUGCACGAGUGUGAUUAUAGUUUUAAAAUUAGCUCAAUAAAACUUGAAUUGUAUUGAAUUCUGCAGGUCAGUGAUCCACUCAAUAAAUUCAGGGGUAUUAACAAAAGGUUGUUUUUUUUAUCGAACUCCGGGAACCAAAAGAAAUCCCUUUGGCCUCCUGUUAUUGAACAAAAUGCUCCAAGCAUCUGUAAUGUGUUGGGGUAGAUCAGUGUACUAUUGGAAACAUCUACGUAUCUCUAGCUUUGUUUGGUGAAGGUAAUGUGAUAUCAAUAGUAUUGUUGAGAAAAAAAUGUGCAGAGAGCGCAUUUUAUCUUUCUUUUUGUUUGUUUUUGGGUUUUUUUUUAUUAUUAUUCUUGAUUUUUUUUUUUUUUUUUUACAUCAUCUUUGAGCAUCAUGUUUUCAGGAAACAGAAAACAAAACCUGCAUCAACAAGCUUGAAUAGUGCCAUUAUAGCCAAUGCUUGUUUGUUGAGGCGUUAAAGUUACAAAUAUUGAUGAGAAGCUACAAAAUAAAAGUGCAAUUCAAGAUACUGUUUUACGUUUAAAAGAAGAAAAGAAAAGAAAAUGUUUUCUGUUUGCUGGAAGCGAUAGCAUUGUGAUAAUAAAAUUUAGCUGUGCAAACUUUCUAUCGUCAUAUUGUGUUUUCAGUAUUGAUCCAUGAGGAGAGUUUGAUAUCUUUAUAUGAAAUAACGACUUCACCUGUAUGUUGGUAUUUAUUUGAAUUGUCAUGCAGUACUGUAUUCUUAUCAAUAAUGUGCAUUAUGAUUAGUGGCAUAUUGAUUACAGCUAAAUGUCAUAUGCAUGUUUCUCAGUCAUGGGACCUUUACACAGAACUGAAAACAAACAUGUAAACUUUGUCAGGGUGUUAAAACAAAUGGGUUUUAAAAAAGAAAAAAUAUAAAAUAAAAUAAAAGAAGAGUUGACUCUGAUGUGUUACUGCUGAACUAACCCCAUGAAAGUGUUUUGUUUGUUUUCUAGCUGAGAGGUGAUGUUUCUGUGUAAGGGUAGUCAUGCUGACUAAAAUCAAUAAAUGUGACUUAAGUUCCAA